UCAUUAUGCUACGUGGAAAGGAAGUAGCGAGCAUGCUAACGUUAGCUGCGCUGCAGGACAACUGCGACCAAAACAAACGAUGACGGCCGUUAAAAAGAGCCGAAAAAGGCGUAAAUUAACCACGGGAGUUGACUUUGUUUGACGGCUGGCGUCCAGGUUUGGGAUAUUGAUUACCUUUAGGUCUUUACUGCCGACUGACUCGAAGGAAACACCUUAUUUUAGGAGCGAGUUUAGCAGUUCUUCCCCAGCUGAAACUAUCUGAGCAUGAUAGGCAGUAACGUUAUGUGUUUUUCCUUUCGUAACGCCGACUGAUUUUAACAACUGCUAAGCUUUAUAGAACGGGGGUAAACCGGACUCCUGGAAGCAGGUUAACCUAAAAGGGAGGACAAAAAAAAUGCUGAGACUUUUUGCCAGUGUUUGGUGACGUCGAAGCCGUUUCGGAAAGUCAACAAAAACCGUGUCGCUAACUAGCCAGCCUCAUCUUCGGAAAUGAGUUGGUUUAACGCGUCUCACCUGUCCAGCUUCGCCAAGCAAGCUUUGACCACCGCUCAGAAGUCGAUAGACCGAGUUCUGGACAUCAAAGAGGAGGACCAAUGGGGUGACACGGUGGUCAUGCCUUAUGACGACACGUCCCCUGGGAAGGUUUCGGUGAGCGGAGGAUGGAGUAUGACGGAGUGGGAAGCGCCCCCUGAAGAAAAGGCCUCCACUCCUCCCCUCACCUCCGAGGCCAUCACCACCCCCGUCACUCGUACGGUCGUGGACGAGUCCGAGAACUUUUUCAGUGCCUUUCUGUCGCCGGGAGAUGCGCCGGUGGCCAAAACGAAAGUCGUGUCCGUGGCCCCCGCAAAGUCUCAGAGGCGAACCCAAGAGAGGGAGACGGAAGACGACGACGACGGCGAUGUGCUGCAGAUCCAGAACGAGGAGACGAGUCCAGAACCGGCAGAACCUCCUGCUCUACAGAGUGCCGAGAGCGAGGAGGCGGCGGGCAGCCAGCCCGACGACACCGAGUCCUCACCGGUGCCACCGUAUGCGGAUGCCAUCCUCCUUCAGCCGGUUUCCCCCGUUUCUUCCUCCGGUGACCAUCCCUUCAGCCCCGACUGUACGGCCGGCAGUGUGAAAGCAGACGCUGAGUCGGUCUCUGUAGGAGCCACAGCAGAAUCAGAAGCUCCAUCUGAACAACGGGCGGAGAAGGAUUCCACAAACUCCUCGGAGACUCCUGCUGCUGACGCCAAAGGCUCUACCCCGGCCGAUCCCCCGACCCCCACGUCGUCCAAAGAAGCUCUCCCGGGUCAAAAGGAGCCAAAAGCCGAGGAUCGUCAAAGCGACACGCCCUCUCCUCCGGUCAGCGCGUUCUCCUCGGGGACCUCCACCACCAGUGACAUCGAAGUGCUCGACCACGAGAGCGUGUUGAGCGAGAGCUCGGCCAGCUCCAGGCAAGAAACCGGCGAGAGCAAAGCCGGGCUCCACCUCAUGCAAGGCUCCUUCCAGCUCCUCACCGCCUCCACCUGCGCAGAUUUUGCCCGGCUGGAGGACUACCAAAAACUCACCGAGAGCUGCGGCUCCUCCUCGGACGCCUUCGAGCGAAUCGAUUCGUUUAGCGUGCAGUCGCUGGACAGCAGGAGCGUCAGCGAGGUCAACUCGGACGACGAGGUCCCCGGCAGUCGGACCCUGGCCUCCGUCACCGCCGGCGCCACGCCGCCGACGGAGGCGUGCCAGAAGCAGGAGGACGGCGCGGAGGGGGAGGCGGGCGAGGAGGACGCCGGCCGAGGAGAGGGGUGCGCCGAGACGGGAAGGGAGCAGCCGGUGGACGAUAUGGAGGAAAGCGGACGGAGCGCAACUCCGGUGAACAGUGAGCAGCCCGACGAAUUGUACGCCAGCGUCGGCGAUGACGCCGCGUUUGUCUCGGCGUGCAGUGCGGGCGAAAAAAGCGCUCCGCCAAUCACAGAAGAGAUGAAAAGCGUCUCAACCGUGCAGAUACUGGAGCUGCAAAAGGUUAUUGACGAUCUGUCCAGCCGCCUUGAGAAGAGAGAGUCUCAGCUGCUGGCUGUCAGCAAAGACAAGGCCAGGCUGGAGGAGGAGUGUGACAAUUUAAAAGAUGAAGUGAUCGGCCUGAAGGAGGAGAGCUCCACGGUGCAGUCCCUAAAGGAGGAGUUCACUCAGCGCAUAGCAGACGCAGAAAGGAAGGCUCAGCUGGCCUGCAAGGAGAGGGACAUAGCCAAAAAGGAGAUAAAAGGUUUGCGAGAAGAUCUUUCUACAAGACUAAACUCCAGUGAUACGUUGGAGCUCAUCAGGGAGAAGGAGGAGCAGAUCAGAGGUCUGCUGGAAGAGGGUGAAAAGCUGUCGAAGCAGCAGCUGCAGCAGAGUAACAUCAUCAAGAAACUGCGUGUGAAGGAAAAAGAGAGCGACAGCAGGAUAACCAAGCAGCAGAAGAAAAUCAAGGAGCAAGAGGAGCAGCUCAGGCAUCUGCAACAGGUUCUAGAUGGGAAGGAGGAGGUGGAGAAACAGCACCGGGAGAACAUCAAGAAGCUGAAUGCUGUGGUAGAGCAGCAGGAGAAGGAGCUGAGCACGCUCCACACGGAUGUCGAGGAGCUGCAGGAGAAAAACAGGAGCGUCCAGGCGGCCCUAGAUAAUUCUUAUAAGGAGCUGGCAGAGCUUCACAAGGCUCACGCCAGCAAAGCGAGCGAGGUCGAGGAGGCGGCUCUAAGCAGGGAAAUCCAGGCCAAAGAGCAGCUGAGUUUAGCUCUGGAGAAGGCUCAGGAGGAGGCCAGGAUUCAGCAGGAGGCACUUGCCAACCAGGUGGCUGACCUGAGGCUCGCUCUGCAAAGGGCUGAACAGCAGCAAGCUAGAAAAGAAGAUUAUCUGAGGGAGGAGAUCAGCGAGCUUCAGAAGAGACUGCAGGAGGCAGAGACUAGGAACCAGGAGCUCAGCCAGAGCGUCACCUCAGCCACACGGCCUCUGCUGCGACAAAUCGAGAACCUACAAGCCUCGCUGGGUGGACAAACCGCAUCCUGGGAAAAACUAGAGAAGAACAUCUCGGACAGGCUAGCGGACGCCCAGACCCAGCUGGCUGUCGCUGUGGAGAAGGAGCGAUCGGCAGCAGAGGAACUGUUAACCAUCAAGUCUCAGCUGGCCUCCCUGGAAUCCCAGAAUUCCUUGCUCCGGCAGGAAAAAGCUAGAGUCUUGGCUCAACUGGAGGCUGAGAAAAACAAGAGGGAGAAGCUGGAGGAUGAGAGCAGCAGGGAGCACGCUGAACUGACAAAUCUGAAAGGAGAGCACAGCCGCAUGCUAGAAGAAGCCAAGAAAGAAAAGCUGUUGCUUACCAACCAGCUGGAGAUGGAGAGGAUGAAGGUGGAGCAAGAGAAGAAGAAAUGCUAUCUGGCACAAGAAGCACUAAAGGAAAAGGAGCGGAAAGCAUUGACACACUCUGUGGGAGAACCCCCUGGGGCUUCCACGCCGUCCCUGUCCCGCUCCAGCUCCAUCAGUGGGGGAGAAAACGCCGGGCUGCACGCUUCUGUUCUGUCUCAGGACGACUCCUUGGACCACUCUUUAGGAGCGAUGACCAUGUCCCUGUCAAUGAGUGGAACCAACCUGUAUGAGGCGGCCCGGUUGUCCGGCGGCUCCAGCAUCAUAGAGAACCUCCAGUCCCAGCUUAAACUGAGAGAAGGAGAAAUAGCUCAGUUGCAGCUGGAGAUCACCAGUUUGGAGAGAAGUCGCUCGGUGAUGGCAGAAGAGCUGGUUCGGCUCACGAAUCAAAACGACGAGAUGCAGGAGAAAGUGAAGGACAUCCCAAAGUUGAAGAUUCUGCUGAAGGAUCUGGAGCAGAGGCACAACACCAUCCUGCAGAUGUAUGGAGAAAAGGCUGAGGAAGCAGAGGAACUGAGACUGGAUCUUGAAGAUGUCAAAAAUAUGUAUAAAACCCAGAUUGAUGAAUUAUUGAAGAAUCAGAAAUAAAGUAGUUUCACUUUUUUCCCCCCAUUUUUGGGCAUAAAUCAGUUCAUGUUUGCCACAAAUGCAUUCAUAUGUCAACAAAGAGGAAAUAUUUUAAGUUAACUGUGAAUUUUAAGAAAUCUCAACCAACAUUUUACUUCAGUUGUUAUAAACGUAAUUAAAGCGAGGAGGGAUUCAUGAAUGAAUUUUACUGAAUAACCAUGAAGGAUAGUCACAGUUGUUGAUUAAUGCAUCGCUCACGAUCAGACCUUUGACUUGUUGUUGUAGAGUUUUUCACUGUAUGAUGGGGCACAGAUUUAUUUACACUGUACACAUUGUCAUAUUUUGUCCAUGCAUAUGCAGAAAGGUUGUAGAGGUAUAUAUAUUAAAAUUAAGCUAUUGUAUAGAGAAAUGUUGGUACUCCUAACGUUGUAAAAAAUCACAACACGUGGUGUAGGCCUGAGGGAAACCACAGGUGCUGAUGGUUUGAUUUUGAGCUGUAUACUUAUGUAAAUUAAUAAACAUGUAUUUGGGUGGUGGAGAGAAUCUUACUCCUAA